AUGGAAGACAGAAGUCCUUCUGGAAGUAGAGGAUGCAAGACUCCAGGCGUGAGUGACUACCCAGCUGUUGGCGUUCCCAUAUGUGGUCCAGCAAGUCCAUUUAAAGGACACUUGAGUACUAAGAGUAAUGCUUUCUGCAUUGACUCCUCCCGAAGUCUAACGAGCCAAUACCUGAUCAGAGAUCACAUGGUGUUUCAUUAUAACAAAAUCCUUUCAGCCAAAGCAGCUAUAGACUGCUCAGUGCCCAAAAGUAGGUUGGCCAGCAUCAAAUUUGCUGACCAGCAAAGAAGAGAGAAACUGAGAAAGAAGAUAGCCAGGUGUGAAGAGGAAAUGAGUAUGAGUAAAACUGCCUCCCGAUCCAGUUCAAGAGAGAGUGGAAGGCUGCUGCCAUCCUCUUUUGGAAAGAGCUUCUUGGAGGUAGAAGACAAAGAUGGUCCCUUCCCCUACGCUCGGCAGGCACAGUACCUAUCAAGAGCACUGUCUCCUUAUGGCGAGCGUGGUUUGGUUCGCUCCAGUCCAGUCCAACAUGCUAGAAAAGAUUCUCGGAAUCGAUCUAAUGCAUCUAGCUCCAGCUCAAGUGUCAGUACAUCAAGUACAGCAAGAACACGCUCUGGACUGUCGUGCCGUUGCUCCACUGGUAGUUCUGGGAGUGUUCAUCAUUCCCAGAGGUGUCAAGAAAGAAAAUCCAAAGUAUGCUGUGGGGAUCUUCUACAUAGGCACUCUGAAUUCUUCACUGACAGCCGAAAACCUUUCACUCCACGCACCUUAAUAUCAGAUGCUAAAUCUUUCCUGUCAGAGUACAGGUAUUACACUCCUGCUCGAAGGAAGAGGAAAAAUCACUGCAAACAGCAUGUGGAAGCUCAAACGCAGACUGACAUGAACAGCUUUCCAUAUGCAGACAAAGCAUCUGAGAGACAAGUUAUGACUGAACAGCAGAAGAUUCCAUUGAAGGCUGAAGACAGAAGAUACACUGUAGAUGAGCCUGAGAGAGAAAUAGCUGCUUUUCCUUACUCCUUCCUAAGAGACGGCUCGUUGUAUUCGCAGCAGUCUUCAGCAAGGAGGACUAUUGAGGCUGAAGAAGAUGAGCUUCCAUAUUUAGCUUUCAUUGAAGAUGUAACAAAUGAAAUUCUUAGCCUUGGGCUAUUCUCUGACAGAGCUCUGGAACAACUGUUUGAGUGGCAUAUACAAGAAAAUAAGAACCGUUUGGAUGAGAGCAAAAUGCGCCACUUUUUGGAUGUCCUGAAAGCAGACCUUGGCUGCAGCUCAGGAGGUGGUGUGGAGCAAAUCCAUGCAGACUGGGAAGCCGUUGACUCACUAGAUCUGCACGAGUUUGAUACAGUGGAAGAGCUUGAGUUUACCAGUAAAAGUCAGAGGCAAAGAAAAGCUAUAAAAAGUGAAGAAUUCUUUGGGACCAUGGACUUACCAUUAAUGGAAUCAAACAAAUUUGCAUCACCAAUACACAGGGAAAGUUUAAAGGAGGCACAGAGCAGGGAUGACUUUUCAGAACAUCUUGCUGAAAUGCUGGAUGGCAGGACAGAGUCUGAUUCUUGUGUGAAAUCUGAGGAAGACCUGGACACCUCACCCUCAUGUGAGGCAACUUUAAACUUGAUUACUUGGGACAGUUUGGAAACCAACAAGGAACUUGAUGAUCUUAAGGAAAGCUUUGCGGAGGCCCUUCAGAUCUCACAUGACUAUUCAUAA